ACCAACCAACAGCUGUUGCACACGUGUGGUCGCGUUGAGGGCAGAAGUUGGAAAAGCUUACAAAAACGAGUUAAUUGAAAAAAUUAACUUAUCGGGUUAUAUUACAAAGCAAAUUUAUCUAAAGCUCAGGUAUGGGUGCAACAAGGAAUACUGAUUUGAUAACCACCAUUGAGGAUGAUGCGGAAGUAGAAAAUUUUUCUGAAGACUCGGAUGCCGAAGUGGAUUAUCAACCGACAAAAGUUCGUCGCAAAAAGGAAGCCGAGUUCGAAAAAGGAUUUCAGUUUGUAUCAUCGGUUAAGGAGUACAACCAAGAUACCUGGGAUGACUUGAUGAAAUAUGUGAAGCGUAAGGCGCGCACGAAGACUGAUGACAAAAUUGCAGCGCGUAUACAAAAACGUGAGGCUGAAGGAUAUCGACCAGAAGGUGGAGAUAGUGAUAAUGAAGAUGAGAUUCCACUCUCCGACGACGAGCUCAAGCAUGAUAACUUGCGCCUACGUGAGAAAAAGUUGGCUAAGAGGAAGAAAAAGAAAUCGAACGAUGCUUCUGACGAAGAAGAGGACAAAGGUGAAAAGAUGCAAUUUGACGAAGCUAUUGAAGGCAAUGAAAUCAUAACAUCCUUCUAUCAGAUGAAUUUGUCACGUCCACUGAUGCGUGCCAUCGGUGUGUUAGGAUAUAUCUAUCCAACACCUAUACAGUCAUCCACAAUACCGAUCGCAUUGCUCGGCCGUGAUAUCUGCGGUUGUGCGGCUACUGGAACGGGUAAAACGGCAGCGUACAUGUUACCUACGUUGGAACGUCUUUUAUACAGACCUAUGAAUAACAAAACCAUUACUCGUGUGCUUGUAUUAGUACCUACACGUGAGUUGGGCGCACAGGUCUACCAGGUCACAAAACAAUUGUGUCAGUUCACCACAAUUGAUGUGGGAUUGGCAAUUGGUGGAUUGGAUGUUAAGGCACAAGAAUUGGUACUGCGUCAAAAUCCCGAUGUGGUAAUAGCUACACCUGGCCGUCUUAUCGAUCAUAUUAAGAAUACACCGAGUUUUAGUUUGGAUUCUAUAGAGGUUCUAAUUUUGGAUGAAGCAGAUCGUAUGUUGGAUGAAUAUUUCGCCGAACAAAUGAAAGAAAUUAUCAAUUCUUGCGCCAAAACACGACAAACUAUGCUCUUCUCGGCCACAAUGAGUGAACAAGUAAAAGAUUUGGCUGCUGUUUCUCUCAAUAAGCCAGUAAAGGUGUUUGUCAAUAACAAUCAACAAGUGGCCUUCAAUCUUCGUCAAGAAUUCAUACGUAUACGCGAAGAUAAAGAGGGUGAUCGUGAACCCAUAUUAGCUAGCUUGAUUUGUCGUACAUUCCACGAUCAUUGUAUGGUAUUUGUUCAAACGAAGAAGCAAGCACAUCGUCUUCAUAUACUGCUCGGCUUGCUAGGCGUGCAUGCCGGCGAAUUGCAUGGUAAUCUAACUCAACAGCAACGUUUGGAGUCAUUGAAGAAAUUCAAAGAAGAGCAAAUAGAUGUUUUAAUAGCAACUGAUGUCGCGGCUCGUGGUUUGGAUAUUGUGGGUGUAAAGACGGUUAUCAAUUUCGUUAUGCCCAUAACAACUGAACACUACAUACAUCGUGUCGGUCGUACGGCGCGUGCGGGUCGCGCUGGCAUUUCCGUGUCAUUGGCCGGUGAAAAAGAGCGCAAGAUCGUUAAAGAUAUCAUCAAGAAUGCAGAAAACUCUGUGAAGAACCGCAUUAUACCGCCUGAUAUAAUUGAGAAGUAUAGGAAAAGAUUAGCCGCACUCGAACCAGAAAUACAGAACAUUUUGGACGAAGAGCAGGCAGAGCGUCAAAUUGCGAAAAUGGAGCAGCAACUUUCCAAAACCGAGCGAAAAUUACAAGGUACCCAGUCAGAGCAACGGCAAUGGUUCCAAACUCGCAAGCAACGCGAAGAGGAAAAGGCGCGUUUAGCGAUCAAUCCGCCUGAAGAGGAGAAAAAAUCUGCUACCACCGCAAAUAACAAAGGUGCUAAGCGUAAGCGCACUGAGUACGGUGGGGAGGGCGAAGAUGGGCCACCAGUAAAAGAGCUGAGUGCCAAGAAAAAGAAGAAGGAAGAACCUAGGAAGAAAUCCCCGGAGCAAUUGGCGAAAGAGCGGGUCAUAAAAGAGAUCGAAAAGGCAUCAUUGGUACGCGCAAAAAUGUCAAAACUGAAAAGCCGCCCUGGUAAACUAAACUCAGUUGCCGAUGAGCAGUCUAGGCGACAUGUCAGUGACUACGGAAAACUGAAGCCGAAAAAGCGCCCCGGACAGUCGGCAUUUACAAACGAUUUGACAGACGUUAGUCGUAGUGGAGCGUUGCGUAUAAGAUCCGAAGCGAAUCGUUAUAAGAAGCAAACACAAAUAGCCAAAAAGAAGAAAGCUAGCAACGUAAAAAUAGUAAACAAAGCAGGAAAAAAUAAAUAUAACAAAGGCAAAAACUUUGGUGGUCCACGAUUUACAAAAAAAAAUAAAAAAUGAGUUAAUUUAUACUAUUCUAUUCAUGUUUUGUAAAUAUAAAUAUUAUGUAUUCAACUUAAAAAAUUCAUGUUUUAAGAAAA